CCUUUAAGCCGGUGCGGAAGUAGACGGAGUUGAUGCAACACUCGAGGGAAGGUCAGGCUCGGGUUCCCGUCAAUUCAAUCAUCACAUAUUAAACCAAACCGGUUUUCGGGACCAGUUAACUGUCUCGGAGGAACAGCUACGAGUCUCCACUUUCGCCGCUACCCAGCUUUAAACACUCCGGUGCGUCCGUGGCUUUGCUCGGAGGGAACUCCAGCGGGAAGUAACGACACUCGGCGGCGGUUCGUUUUAAAUCAUCUGACGGCUCGGCGUAAAUCCGUCCUCCCGAUGUCUUCGUCCAAAUGCACCCGGCUGAGCGGAGCCCUGGUGAAACAGGUGCUGGACUCCGUGGACAGUGUCCUGUUCGACUGUGACGGGGUGAUCUGGAGGGGGGACCAGGCCGUCCCGGGCGCUGCCCAGGUCAUCAACCUCCUCAAGGCGCACGGCAAGAAGGUCUUCUUCGUGACCAACAACAGCAGCAAGACGCGGAAGAUGUACGCCGAGAAAAUGAUCGCGAUGGGCUUCAACGUGACGGAAAACGAGGUGUUCGGGACGGCGUACUGCUCCGCCAUGUACCUGAAGACCGUGUGCAAGCUGGAGGGGGGCAAAGUGUACCUGAUAGGGAGCAACGCCAUGAGGCAGGAGCUGGAGGCGGUGGGGAUCCGGCAGACCGGCGUGGGACCCGACCCCGUCUCCGGGAAGCAGAUCGACUGGGCCACCGUGCCCCUGGACCCCGAGGUGAAGGCGGUGGUGGUGGGCUUCGACGAGCAUUUCAGCUACAUGAAGCUGAACAGAGCCCUGCAGUACCUGAUCCAGCAGGGCUGCCUGUUCGUGGGAACCAACAGGGACACCAGGCUGCCUCUGGAGGGGGGCAAGGCUGUCCCAGGUACGGGCUGCCUGCUGCAGGCUGUCGAGACAGCCGCCCAGCGCAAGUCCCAGACCGUGGGCAAGCCCAACCACUUCAUGUUCGACUGCGUGGCCUCCCAGUUCGGCGUGGAGCCCGGCCGCUGCCUCAUGGUCGGGGACCGGCUCGACACCGACAUCAUGCUGGGCACCAACUGCGGCCUGAAGACCCUCCUCACCCUCACGGGGGUCAACACCGUGGCCGACGCCGAGGCCCACCGGGAGAGCGGCUGCGCGGAGAGGCAGGGGAUGGUGCCGGAUUAUUACGUGGAGAGCAUCGCGGACCUCCUUCCAGCUCUGCAGGGAUGAGGCCGAGAAACGACGCAGCGGCUGCACGCCUUAGAAACUGUCUUUUAAAAGAAAAAAAAAAUACGAAAGGAAUAUAUUUUUUAUCUAGAUUAGCAUGUUAAAAGUCAUCUCUGUAACCAAACGUCUGUUUGGCAGAGAUAAAGACUCUAGAGACACUGUUCAGAUUUUAUUUGAUUCACUAAAUAUAUAUAUAUA